AACGGUGACGGAGAUGUCUCAGUUCAGAUUCCGAAACAUAUGGAUGAAAACCCGUACUCGGACCAGAGAGAAGAGGACGAACCGGUUAGUGAUCUGAUUUACAAGAUCGACGAUGUCCCUCCUCAUUACAUGUCCAUGUUCCUGGGACUGCAACAUUAUUUGACCAUGUUUGGAUCGACGGUCUCGAUUCCAUUCAUUGUUUGCCCGGCUCUUUGUAUGGAGAAUGACGAUCCAGGUCGAGGUUACAUCAUAUCCACCAUCUUUUUCGUAUCCGGUUUGGUGACCCUUCUUCAGAGCACUUUUGGAUGCAGAUUACCAAUCAUUCAAGGCGGCACUUUCUCCUUCUUGGUUCCAACUUUUGCCAUCCUGUCCCUGGAACACAACAAAUGCCCUGCCAACUUCGCCACUGAGGGCUGGGGUCCGGACAUGAGCCCUGAGGACAAGUCCGAAGAAUGGAUGCGGCGGAUGCAGGAGGUCCAAGGCGCCAUCAUCGUGGCCUCCAUGUUCCAAGUCAUUCUAGGAUUCACCGGUAUUAUUGGGAUGGUUCUCCAGUUUAUCACCCCGUUGACCAUUGCGCCCGCGGUGUCCAUGAUCGGUUUAUCGCUAUUUCCUGCGGCUUCGGCCUUGGCCUCCAAGAGUUGGCCCAUUUCAUUGUUAACCAUCUUUACCAUGGUGUUGUUCUCUCAGUACCUCCGCAAUGUGGAAAUCCCCAUUCCCUGGAAGAAAUCGAGUGGUGGCCUUGCCCUAUUCAAACUGUUCCCGGUUUUACUCACAAUUUUGGGUCUUUGGGGCCUUUGUGGAAUCUUAACGGCCUCUGGAGCCUUGUCCGAAAACAGCCCUUUACGCACCGAUAGCAAAUUGAACACGGUUGCAAAUUCAGUUUGGAUAAGGUUUCCCUAUCCAUUUCAAUGGGGAUGGCCCAGGGUGACGGUGGCUGGCGUGUUUGGCAUGAUAGCCGGGGUCAUUGCCUCGGCCAUUGAAUCAAUCGGUGACUAUUAUGCGUGCGCCCGGCUCUCAGGAGCCAAGCCCCCUCCCACUCACGCCAUUAAUCGUGGUAUCGGGACGGAAGGUUUGGGGUGCAUCAUGGCGGGCAUCUGGGGAACUGGAAAUGGAACCACGAGCUAUUCGGAAAACAUUGGCGCCAUCGGCGUGACCAAGGUUGGGUCUCGUCGAGUGAUUCAAUUUGGCGGACUUAUGAUGAUCUUUUUCGGGCUCUUCUCCAAGUUUGGCGCCUUCUUCGUUACCAUUCCGGAGCCCAUCGUGGGUGGGAUAUUCUGCGUCAUGUUUGGCAUGAUCACGGCCGUGGGAUUGUCCAGUGUUCAAUACGUGGACUUGAACUCAUCGCGUAACCUCUUUGUCUUGGGAUUUUCCAUCUUUUUUGGCAUCAUGUUGCCCCAAUGGCUGGAGAGACAAUCCGAUUUAGUUCUCACCGGGUCAGACCACGUAGACGCGAUCAUUUUGGUUUUACUCAAGACCUCCAUGUUUGUUUCCGGAGCUCUUGGUUUCUUUUUGGACAACACGAUUCCUGGCACCUUGAAAGAGCGAGGUUUGUUGGCUUGGCGAGAGCAUCUCCGACCUCCAACGUCCGAGAAGUCCACCUUGGACAAGCGCCCAACUUGCACCUACGAUUUCCCCAUUGGAAUGGAUCUCAUUCACAGGUUAAAGUGGACUCAAUAUGUUCCGUUCCUUCCGACCUACAAAAGCCCUGCUGAGAAGAAAUACGACCAAUGAUAUUGACCGAUGUUCAUCCACACUCGUGCUUUUAUUGAUUAUUCAUCAUAUAAACUCCAACAGAUUUAUGUGACAAUAGUGCCCAAUCAUGAAUAAGAACUGUCUUUAAGGUAACGAC